AUGAGAACAAUAGACUCAUGCGCAAUUACUUCACCAGAAGGCGUUGAUAUUCUGCAAUAUCGUAAUUCUACGCCUGGUGUUCUCGUCAAAUCAAGCACAGAGCUCAGAAUCCUCUGUGUUGGUGAUUCGAUUACCGUUGGACUUCUUGACGACAAGAAUGGAGGAGACGGCAAUGGUUAUCGGCUUGAGCUGCGCAAUGAUCUCUCCAACGACAAGGUUGUUUUUGCUGGUACCGAGACUUCUGAUGGUUCAAUGAAUGAUGGAUAUUUUGCUGCGUGGUCUGGAAAGACUAUCAAGUACAUCGCAGAUCAUGUUGGCCCAUCUCUGGAACAGCGGCCAAAUAUCAUUCUUCUCCACGCGGGAACGAAUGACAUGAAUCCAGAUAGUACAAUAUCGACAGAAGGUAAUGAUCCACAAGGAGCUGCGAAUCGUCUCGGUGAUCUGGUUGACCAAAUGGCUCGCCAAUGCCCUGACGCAAUCAUUCUUGUUGCUAUGAUUGUCAACACAUGCGACCCUAACCAAUCCCAACGCACCAAAGAAUACCAGGCUCUUGUGCCGGGUGUUGUAAGACAGCGUCGCAACCGUGGCUUGCAUGUGAUUGCUGUCGACUUCACUACCUUUCCCAUCAGCCUUCUCCAAGAUUGUAUCCAUCCCACCAACGAUGGAUACAAGAAAUUUGGUGACUACUGGUAUGACUUCAUCACUCAGAUACCAAAAGAUUGGAUCAAUGAUCCCGUUGGAUAUGAUCCGGUUCGAGGCGAAGGGAUCAGCGCGAAUGGUGGUAUUGAUACAAAUAUUUCGCUUCCAGACUGGGGGAUCGAUCAGAUUUCCCUUGGGGUAGGUCACAAUGGAGAUUGGAAGUUCCAUAAGAAUUGGACAGCGGCGGGGAAGCUUGCCGAUGGAUUUGGACUUGAUCCUAGAUAUCCUUGGUCACCAGCUGGAGCCAAUAAUGGAACCAAUAAUAGCAUUAUUUUAGCAGGUGAAGGCCCAGCAAAUACGAUUUACAUUGCGGACAUGAAUGGAGAUGGUAUGGAAGACUACUUGGUGGUUGACCCGAACACUGGUGGCAUCAAAAUUUGGUGGAACUACGGUCCUGAUACGAGCUGGUUAAACGGAUGGAAAUUUGUCGAAGGUGGUCAAAUAACAGCAGGAUUUCCUCAUGCCAACCUCGAGACUCUAAGAUUUCCAGAUAUCAAUGGUGAUGGGAGAGCGGAUUACGUCUAUAUAGGCGAAGGCGGUUCUUUGAGAAACUUUUUGAACAUUGGAAGAGUUGGCGAACAAUCCGUCUCCUUCUACGACAUGGGCGGCAUAGCAAGUGGCGCUACGUCAAAUAUCACCAAAUUGGUUUUCGCAGAUGUAAGGAUUCUCAUACCCAUCUAUCCCCAUGCCUCCUCUACGGAGCUACAGCUGAUCUUGUUCACAGAUGAAUGGAGACGGCCGUGA